AUGGCGGUUGCGCACAGAAAGCUCAUGCAGAACAGGCAAGUAGGGUCUCUUCUCUUUUUUGUGUGCAUAUCUGUGGGAAGUGCAGCAACCAUCCGCUACUCCGUGGCAGAAGAGAUGGAGAGCGGUUCGUUUGUGGCUAAUGUGGCUAAGGACCUGGGGCUGGAGGUAGGGAAGCUGGCUGCGCGCGGGGCGCGGCUGGUUCCCGAGGGCAACAAAGUGCACUUCCGGCUCCACCGCAAGACAGGGGAUCUGUUCGUGAAGGAGAAACUGGAUAGGGAGUCACUCUGUGGCAAAGCUGACCCGUGUGUUCUGCAUUUUGAAAUAGUCUUGGUGGAGCCACUGCAGUCCUUUCGUGUCGAGGUCAGGGUAUUUGAUAUCAAUGACAAUGCCCCGAUUUUCCUAAACAAGGAGCCGCUUUUAAAGAUUCCGGAGAGUACCCCCUUGGGUUCACGUUUUCCUCUGCAGAGUGCCCAGGAUCUGGACGUGGGCCUCAAUGGUCUCCAAAACUACACCUUAAGCCCCAACAAGUAUUUCCACCUGCAUACCCGCUUUCGCAGCCAUGGGCCCAAAUACGCUGAGCUGGUGCUGGAUAAGCCCCUGGACAGAGAGGAGCAGCCUGAAGUCAACUUGACAAUUACAGCGGUGGAUGGCGGGUCCCCUCCCAAAUCUGGCAUCGCUCACAUCCGUGUGGUCGUUCUGGACGUCAAUGACCACGUGCCUCAGUUCUCCAGAUUGGUGUACCGCGCUCAGGUACUAGAAAAUAGUGCCAAUGGUUCUUUGGUGGUCACUGUGAGUGCCACAGACCUGGAUGAGGGCUCCAACAAGGAUAUAACUUAUUCCUUAGCUCAAAACCCAGAAGCAAUUCUCCAGACGUUUCAGAUUGACUCGCAGACUGGGGAUGUUCGACUAAGAGGGCCCCUAGAUUUUGAAGCAAUUGAAACAUAUGAUAUUGACAUUCAAGCCACCGAUGGAGGGGGCCUCUCUGCCCACAGCAAAGUCCUGGUGGAAGUGGUGGAUGUUAAUGACAAUCCUCCUGAAGUGACAAUCUCCUCUGUGUCCAGCCCUCUUCCUGAGGACUCCCCAUUAGAGACUGUAGUGGCCCUUUUCUCUAUCCGAGACCGGGACAUUCGAGUGGGAGGAAAAAUCAUCUGCUUCCUCAGAGAAGACCUUCCCUUUGCAGUCAAACCUACUUUCCGGAAUUCUUACUCUCUGGUUACUGACAGAGUCUUGGAUCGGGAAGAGGUCUCAGGCUACAAUAUCACCGUUGUUGCCAUGGAUACUGGGCCACCCAGUCUGUUCACAGAAACUGUGAUUGAGGUGCUAAUAUCUGACAUUAAUGACAAUCCCCCAAUAUUUCAGGAAGACUCAUACAUUUUGACUGUUCGAGAAAACAACAGCCCUGCAAUUUUUAUUGGCAAAGUUCAUGCUGAGGAUCUAGAUUUGGGUGAGAAUGCCCAAGUAACAUAUACUCUGCUUCCUCCAGAAAGUGGAGAUUUAUCAGUCUUUGCUUACAUCUCCAUAAAUUCAGACAAUGGGAAGCUCUAUGCACUGAGAACCAUGGAUUAUGAGGCCAUUCAAAAAUUUCAGUUUGUGGUAAAGGCAACUGAUGGGGGCUUCCUGUCACUGAGUAGCCAGGUUACUGUCAGAGUGGUUGUUCUGGAUGACAAUGACAACCGCCCAAUGAUCUUGUACCCACUGCAGAAUGGCACCUUGCCCUGCAAUGACCUAGUGCCCAGGUCUGCAGAGGCAGGCUACCUGGUGACCAAGGUAGUGGCUGUGGACGGUGACUCAGGUCAGAAUUCUUGGCUUUCAUAUCAUCUCCUUAAGGCCACUGACACUGGGUUAUUCUCUGUUCAACAACAAAAUGGGGAAAUCCGUACACUGCGGCAGAUAGCUGAAAGAGACCCCGUGGUUCAGAAACUUACAAUUCUUGUUCAGGAUCAUGGCCAACCAGCUCUUUCCACUACUGCCUCACUCAACAUUUUGCUGGUAGAUGGGUUUUCUGAGCCCUAUCUACAGUUUCGGGAUCCAUCCAAGCAUCCUACAAGGGUAAAUCCAUCCACUAAAUAUUUGGUCAUUUCUCUGGCUGUGCUUUCCUUUCUCUUUCUCCUCUCUGUCACAGUGAUCUUUGUUAUACACAUCUACCAGAAGGUUAAAUAUAGAGAAAAGUUCACAGUUCAAGAGCAUUUCUAUGAUGACUGUAAUUUCCCUAACAACUUGGUACAAGAAGGAGCCAGUGGAUCUUUAUCUCAGCCAUGUCCCUAUGAAAUGUGCUCGGCCACUGGCACUGGCAAUAGUGAGUUUCGGUUCCUUAAGCGCUUUAUGCCCAACUUCCCCUUCCCACAUGGCACUGGAGAGGCGAAAACAGAGGCUGGCUCCAGUUUACCCCCAGAUUCUGGUAGGAAUAGGUCUCGGGGGUCAGAGGGCCAUGGCCAAGUACCUGAUGACUAUAUGUAG